GUCGUUUGCGCGACCGUUCGGUGGCUGGUGCGUUGAAACGAAAACGGCUUGCCGCGCUUUGCGUGCCGGGCGAGCGGAGAAAGCCGAAGGCCGCCGCCGGGAUUGAGCGCCGAGUGAGCGGCAGUGCUUGAUGCGGCGCUGUCGCCGCUGCCGUCUUCGUUGUGGACUGGUGCCAACAGCGAACGGGUGCAGGUCGUGCCGAUGUUGCUUCACGCCGUACGAGGACGCGUAGCGGGCCGGGAGAGGCUGCCGCUCCUGCUCUUGGCGCUCCUUUGGACGGCUGAGUCUCCGGCCUUGUCGUGGGCUCUGCAGGACAUCGCUGAUGACGUGGAGCCAUGGUGGACUGCAGUGCGCCGAGAACCGCUUGCGGCAGGAGUGUGCCCGGCAGGCCAGGACCUUUGCACCUAUGACGCGCCGCACAACGUGUGUCGCUGCGACGCUGACUGCAGACGGUAUGGCGACUGCUGCGUCGACCAGAGCAGUACCUCCUCAGGUGCCCAGACGUCUUCCGAUGCGGCGUCGCACUGGCGGUGCGUCCUCGAGAACGGCCGCGAGUUCUACGCCCUGGCCUCUUGCCCUGAGGACCCGUCGGUCGAUCCGGACCUGCGUGACCACUGCCUUCGGCGGGGGCCGCAGCUGAAGCCUUUGCAGAACGUGCCUGUCUACAGCAACGCCACAAGGACGAUGUACGCCAACGUGUUCUGCGCCGCCUGUCACAACGACUUGCACGCCCUGAGGCCCUGGCAGCUGGAACUUCGGUGCAACAGGGCGUGGAACGCCGAGAAGGUGUUGCGUCUGCUCGCGGCCGGACACUACGGCAAGAUGAGUCACGCGCUGCAUGGUGCCGAGGGACUCAGCUGUAGGCUACAGGUCUCCGACGCUUCAUCCGAGUCCUUCUGGCACGAGCUGCCCGGACUUCGCGAGUGUCGCCUCGCGUCUUCUACCUGUCGGAAGGGCGCCUCAAGACGCGACGUCGUCCUCUGUUCUAGCUACACAGCGUACGUGUAUUCCCCGCGCAAGCUCUCAAACUACCGCAAUUUCCACUGCUUCCGGUGCGCGGGCGGAUCAUCGGCGGGGGCCGUUGAAUGCGGCGCUCGACCAGCUGCGUACGGUCACGAUGCGCCGGACGUGACGCACCUCGUGCUCGGCGUUCGGAGCCACUUUGUCAACCCGCGCAAGUGUGCCGGUCACGCGGGGUCGGGCAUCUACGACCCCUUGAGCGACACUUGCUACGUGCCGCCAAUCCCGCCCAGUGAAGUCGCCGGUGACGAGCCGUCGGGCGGUGCCGUCACACUGACUGAGCCUCCCGGCGCACGGGCGUUUCAAUUGCUGCUAACUCUGGUAACAGCGGGCCUCACGGUUUUGUUGUGAGAUGUUACUUCUCUACCGUUUUGGAGCUCCAGCCACGACGUUCUGUGAACUUCAGUGUGUACUCGUCUAUGGACGUCAUUCGAUGGACAAUUGUAUCCAGGGAGGUUCUCCCUUGUUUUUGACGAUGCUAUGUGCAACUUCUGUGAGGAUGCAGGGCAGUGCAGUCAUUGCUUGUGUUUCGUGACGACGAAGCCUGCGCCAAUGUACGUCUGCCAGUUUCUUAGGACUAGCGACGCUACUUCGCUGUGAUGCUGAGCUUCUCAAGUACUCAAUGCUACGACGACCAUAUGAAUCGGUAAGAUCAGAUGGAGUGCUCGUCUGAGUGAUGCAGACAUUAAAAACUGGCAGCUCACUUGUCUGUUCGAGAUAUGUGUCUGAUUUUACAUGUUCUUUAGUGUAUAUAUGUACUCUGAGCGUUCAUGCAAGAACGUUGUGUAGAUGUGCUGCUGUAAACCUGUGGCAGCCACUCUUUCUUUACUCAAUUUCUGCGUUUUAUGUUUAUCGUCAAUGCGGGCUGAUAUUCGGAUUACGGGUGGUAUUUUGUGUAAGGCCACCCUCCCACUAAUAUCGCUACAAUAUUGUAGAGAUUACAAAGUAGACCACAAACAUUGCAAAUGUCGGACUGCCGUUUUCUGUUUCUCGGUAGACUUGAUCUUGCAGUGUGUUCUUGUCUCUCCUUAAAAUAUUUGGCUAAAGUGGAUGCUUGGGCGAGCUCGCACGACAUACUAGAAUCUAAAACAGCUCAGGAAACAGAAGACCGAUAUACGAAGGGCACUGACAACAGCGCUGUUAUCUAUCCUCCUUUUUGCUGGUUUGUGUAAAGCGAUGUUUUAAAUUCUAGUAUAAGAAUGUUCGGUAAAAGUGAAAGCUAGGCCUCGUUGCACAUUUCGUAAAUACUUACCAUCGC